GUCAGUAAAGCACAGGAUUCAGUGUUGAGUAACGAAUCCCAUAAAGUGGCGCCUGGAAACUACUUGACAUCCAAGGCAAAUCAGCAUCCAAAGAUGAAAGAAUUAUCCAAUUCUCAACUAUAAAAAGCUUAUCUCAUACAAAAGUUGGCUGCACCCAUAGCAGAGCUCAGUGCCCCUUUUUAUUUAACUGCCUGUCUCUGCAACUUAUUACCUUCCAAUUCGCUCUGUAUUUUUCUCAGCUUUCCUCUCGCCAACUAAGAAGCUUUAAGCAUGGCCGCCACCUCUCUCAAGCAACGUUCCCAGUUCUUGUUUGUGUUUGUUCUCGCCAUUUUCUUGCUUUCUCAUCCUGUUUACAGUGAUGAUGAGGCAGACCAUCUACUUAAAGAUCUCAACGAUUUCAGGACAUCGGUGAAUCUGCCGGCAUUCACCAAGAACAAAAACGCUCACUGCGUUGCCAAGAAAAUCGUGGACGAAAUGGACGACGACGACCAUCCAUGCACCAACCCCAACAGUUCAUCGUCAGGCAACAAAGGAACCAGAUUAUCCGACUACCCGAGAGCCGUGUCCAAGUGCCACAUCGAUACCAACACCACGAGCGGUGUGGUCGUGCUGCCUGUCUGCGUGCCGAAUCUGGUUCCGACGCUUGUUUUUACCAACUUCACUCGUACCCAUUUCUCUAGAUACAUCAACGAUUCGAGCCUCACCAGGAUCGGAAUCAGUUCCGAAGAUGAUUGGAUUGUGGUGGUUCUUGCUUCUAACACCCACAGCGGGAGCCUCGCCAGUGGAGCCUAUUCUUAUGGAUCAAGUUAUUACGUGGUGUUUUUGCUGUUGGGUUUCGUUGCUCGUCUUAAUUUGAUGUGAACAAUGCCUGGAUUUCCAUCUUAUUUUUCUUCCGUUUUGUGAUUUAAUUGGCCUCUAUCUUGUGGAUUUCAAUUUGUAUGAAAAUGUUUGCCCUGUAUUCUUGCUGUUGUGUUUAAAAUAAUGUUUAUAAUCCAUGAUGUGGAAUUAUUAA